CGCAGUAAUCCAGAUUCCAUAGCCCCAGUUCAUUUCUCUUUACCGAUCUAUAUACAUAAACUGCUUCAUUCUUUACAGCCGAUCUUUCUCAGGGGAUUUGGGUAUUGAAAUACUAGACUCCCUACUCUCACCCCCGGCGCGUCGUGGACGGGUUGAGCUGUACAGCGAGGAGGGACAGAACGGAGACUGUUGACACACACUGGAUCGGAGGCACUGUUACCUGUACGUCGGCGACUUUGAUCUCAGACCAGGUGGAACGCCUUUUCAUGGUUCUUGCAACAGAGUUUGGUUGUGAUUAUACAAAGCACGCCGACUUUGUGAGGACUCCACACAGUGUCUUCCUACCGUCCCGGGGUCUAUUGACACCCUGUGUACAAUCAAUGUCCUGGUGUUGGAUCGACUGGUAUUUCACGUCUGCUUCGGAGAUUUACUAAUUUAGCUCGUGUCGCCAUGACGACGGAAAGGUUGACGAUGCAUGCGUUGAAGCAGAAUGACAACGUUCACCCCACCUUCAAAGCUUCGACUUCGGGUACGGGAAGUAAAGAGCUGCCUCGUCAAAUAUCACGAUCGGAGUUAGAUGUCCAACCCAAGAAAAGAACCCGUGCCAUCAGCAACAGCGAAACCUCCCCCAAAUCUUUGGCACAGCCCACAAAACCCAAGAUGUCCAUCUUCAAACUGGUAGCAGCGACACGGGCAUGGCGCAGACUCGCCACGAAGAACAGCAAAUCCAACAGUUCUGUAAGACCGCCCCCCAAGCUCGAGAACACAUUCAAACUGAAACCUGAUGACCGGAAGAGGUUCAUGCCACGCCAAGUCGAGAAGCUAUUGGCUGAUGUUCUGGCAGCAAGGCUGGACAAGGUCGAGUACGACCCACGCACGUGUAGGGACAUCACAACAGAUAUAUCGGCGCAUAUCAAAGCCAGGGUGAAGGCCAUGGACUUUCCGCGCUAUAAGAUCGUUAGUAAUGUUAUCAUUAUGGAGAACAAAGGUCAAGGGGCACAGGUCGCCAGCAGAUGCGUGUGGGAUGCCAGUUCGGACUCUUUUGCCACUUACACCUACAGGAACCACACCCUGGUUGCUACUGCUUAUGUCCACGGGGUCUACUAUGAAUGAAGGUGAUAUCCGUAGCUGAGCAAAGACCUGGAUGCCUUCAUUCCUGCCACCAGAACAAUCUCAUUAAAAUCAGAUCUUAGUUCUUGAGAUCUGAGGACAUCCCGUGACGACAGAACGACCUUUCGCGAACUUUGACCGACCAAUGAAAUGACUGCUCAGAAGUCGACAUUGGCCAAAUAGAACGCAGCUUUCUUGAGCAACACGACACUAGUUUCAAACUGGCGACUUCCAUUCAAGACUACGCAUUGAAACAUAGUUUGACAAACUUUCCGAUUCAAAAUUUGAAAACUGAUCACAUGCAGGAAUGUCUACAGUGUAAUAGAUAGCCGAGAUUGUAUUGCAGUACGUCCCACGGGCUACACAAAGUCUCCUCUGUUCAAAUGCUUAUCCCACUGGAGCGAGAGACAGACGAUGAUUUUGACAUAUGCAGUCGUACAUCCCGUAACAGUCGCUAGGAAUACCCCGUGUUAAUCAUUUCGAAGUUGCAUGAUCUGAAAACCAUCAGACUGUCACAUUCCUGAUCUGGUAAGCGACGCUCUGAUUGGUCGGAUGAAUGGUCGUUCUGGCGUAAUCUGUAAUUGGAUAUCCUCCGAUCUUUGUUUAGCGGUAGUGAAAACUAAGAUCUGAUUUUGAUAAGAUUGGCCACCACAACUGACUCCUGAAACCAUGAGGUCAAGGUCAGGGACUAACAAUAUUGGAUACGAUCUUCAACAUUUGAGACUGGAUUUGGAACAGUGCUGUACUGAGUUCUUGGUUGAAUAUUUAUCUGAUACACAUCACCGAGAAAUCUGAUUCCUGGUUCAUCUAUCUGCGACAGUUGUAUUAUAUUACAACCUUGUGAAAACUUUACAUUUUAGUCACUCGAUGUGCGCCAACAACUGGCCAACUGGAGUAUACUCAAACCAGAGACGUCAAUAUUCUUCCCUUAGUUAGCAAACUGUGUAUGUUGAGACCAGGUAUAUGCGAAUAUACCCACUCUGACCGCUACAAAGAGUUGCAAUUCCUACAUUUUGAAUAAAAGUGACAAGACCCUUUUCAUAAUCAUAAAUAAUCUCUGCUGGACGCAAAAUGUGAAGUUUCAAUAAACUGCAUCCUAUGGGAACCGGUUUCACAAGAUUUGGUUAAUAUUCGCGGAUUAUGAACUCACGAGGUGCUUUAUAUGGCAAGAAUAUCACCUCCAAGGCCAUGGUCCGCACGCACAAAGCGGUCUUAGCGCUAGGCAUGUUAUAACUCUCAUACAUACUACUCAAAGCUACUUAAAUCGGCGUAAAACCAUAUUCACUCACUCACCAUAUUCCAGCGUUUCGGAUUGUGGGUGAAAGCCCGAAUUGUUGCUCUUUCCAGUUUUUUUAAACCCACGGGUAUGGGGCUGACAAACCAAGCAUCAUAAUCAGUUUGUAUCUUGGAUUGGAACCCAUGAUUAGUGCAUCCUAGCACAACUGUGGGAAUGUUUCAUAAAACGCAGUUAGAACCAGUCACAUAUCACCUUGUCUGUUGUUUUUUUCAUGUUAAAUAAAGUGAUAUCUGCAUAAUCA